UCACACAUCUUCAAGAUGGCAGCCAAAAUCGAAGUGCGACCACCAUUCUUUAUCCGCCUUGCAAACCCAUGGCCAGGAAUGCUAAGUAGGAAUUGGUCUGCGUCAUUAAGUAUUCGACCGAGUUCGUUAUCAGUGCAGUUCAUUAUGGCUUUCUUCAGCCCAUCGGUCUUACUCCAUGUUUUGAAGCCGGCACUCCUUACUCAAAGCGCAAGAGGACACAAAAUGAAAGCUAUGAAGUCCUGGAGUGGUGGAGUCAAUUAUCCUGGCUUUAAAUAUUACCCCAGAGCUAUGCCAUCGUCAAGAAUACAACUGAUAUGAAUGCAAAACUUUGGUACAUAAAACAUUUGAUAAAAAUCACACCUAUCACAACACCAGAUGGCUUACCAGUCAAUGAUGAUUAUUCAUCAUACCACCUCGAUCACGCCACUGGAGUAUUACGAAUAAUACCAGAACUAAAGCCCGAUGAAAAACGUCUAGAAUUGCAAGAGAAUCAUCACAACAGUCCUAAAAAAAUGAAAACAGAUGUUUGGAAGAAACAUGCCAGGCAGCAAUGGCUUGCACAAUGGUGGUGAAACAUUAUGUUGGUUUUCUUGUUUAAAUAAUGCAAGUUUAUCUUUUUUGAUCCCUUGCAAAUAAUUAUGAUGGAAUAUUCUGAGCUAUGAAUCAUGCAUUUUAUUGCCUGGAGAAAAUUUCAAGUGGAGAUCUCGAUCAGAUUAUCCUUAAUUGUCUUCUUUAACUGAUCAAAGUGUUAAUUGUUAGAAAGGAAAUAUACAAUUCUUUUUUAUGUUUGAAAAAAAGA